AAAAGCAAAUCAACAAUGGGGAAUGGAUGAAAAUAUUAAAUGUGCCUGAUUAUUUUUCUGGUCGUAGGAAUAACCAUUUCUAGUUACAGAAAAAAGUUACAGAUUUUUUGGUUGCGUCAUACAUUUUAUAAAAAUAAAAACAUUUUGCUUCACCGCACGUCCGGCCCAUUACGGCUGUUAAGAAAACUUUCUAAGUCUUAAAAAGUUAUCGCUAUUUGAAUCUGUGGAGCGCAUGACAUUGACAGUUGAUUGACAGCUUGUCAUUCUUCUCGCGGAAUUCAUAACCUUUUGUGCUCUCAUCUAGUGAACUGGUUUCUUUGUAUUUAUGUGAUUAUUACGACUCGCUUCCCCACCCGGACCUCUGAUUUUGCCUGCUCCAACGACGACCUUCGCUUUUGAACCCCGGACCUGAUUUUGAUAGCAAUUUCGACGACCCCUGGCAUUUGAAUUCUGCAAACAUGGAUACCGCUGCUUUUGUUAGAGCAAACUCAUCUAAUUUGCCAAAAGUAGACCCAUAUAUGCUUAUGGAGUUUAUGAAGAAUAGCGACAAACAUAAUGCCGGUGAAAUAAGAGAUGCCAAAGCUUUGUCGUCUUCAAGAGAAUCAUAUGUUGAGACUGCUAUUGGAUAUGUUGAAACAAAGCGGAGUGGGAAUCUUUGUGAUGUGAGAGCUAAAGUUGUUCCUGAACAAAGAAUAACAAGCAAAUACUAUGUUGUGAUGGUCCAUUUAGAAGAGGCAAAUGAAUCAAUCAUAGAUACUUCAUGUGACUGUGCAGCGGGGGCUGGUGGGUGUAAACAUACUGUUGUAGUAUUACAUUGGCUACAAAAACGAAGUGCUGAACCUUCACCAACCAGUAUCCAAUGUUACUGGACGAAACCCAGCCUCAAACGGGCGCUAGACAAACCAUUAAUGUGUAAAGAUUUGGCAAAAGGAGAAGUCGCCGAAAGGGGGCCAAAGGACCCUUUGGUACUGAAAAGACUACGACAAGAAGCAACCAAACAUGGUUGUGGUAAAAGCCUGCUCAUGGUAUAUGAUCCUGAAAGACCGAUGAAAAUGAACUCAAAAUAUUGUAUUUUUGACAUGAUGGUGGAUUUUUUAGAAAAGGAAAGUAGGCCAACUUUUAACAAAUUUAAAAUAUUUAGCAAUGCAAUAAUGAUAGAAAAUAAAGAAAAAAUUAUGAAAGACACUGUAGGCCAAGUGAACUCAAAGCAGUGGCAUUCAAUUCGACAAGGCCGAAUUACAGGAUCAAAAAUUUAUGAAAUUGCUCAUUGCAAAACACCCCAUGGCAGUCUUGUUGAAGAAAUACUAGGAGGGUGCAAAGCACCAGAAACAAAGUCCAUGAAAAGGGGUAAAAUCCUAGAAAAACGAGUACUGAAUAAAGUAAAGACUGAUAUAAAUAAAGAAAUAGAAGAAUGUGGAUUUUUGAUUAUAGAUGGAAUUUUUGGAGCGUCACCUGAUGGCAUUGGAGAUGACUUUGUGGUCGAAAUUAAGUGUCCCAUUUCGGAGAAAACUAAAAAAAAUUAUAUAAAGAAUGGGCAAAUUGCGAAUAAGUUUAUGGCCCAAGUGCAAUUAGAGAUGCUAGCGGCUGGCAAAAAUAAGUGUUUGUUGUGUGUGGCGGACCCGAAAUUUGAAAGCAACAGCUUAAUUGAGACAAUUGUUGUUAAUUUUGAUAAAAAUUAUAUAGAUAAUUUGAUGAGAGACGCAGAGAAAUUUUGGGAUGAGAAUGUGUAUCCUGUAAUUUUAAAAAGUGCCUCUACAGCAUGACAUUAAUUUUGUACUUUGUAUUUAUUUUAAAUAAAUAUGUUUGUCUUGA